GAGUGCGGCGCGCCUCCUCGGGAUGGAGCGACCAGCGCGGGAGCGUUCUGCCGAUUUGGAGAGUACUGGGGACAGCGAGUCCCCCCAAGGUCGGGCGAGUCCUCCAGCACUUGUCGCCCAACCCCAGCAGGCUCUGGCGUAUUCUCCGCAGCUUUUGGCGUCCCAGCAGUACCAGCCGGCGCACUCGCAGCCCGUGCGGUUACCCCUUCCUCAGGCGCCGGCGCCGGCGUUCCCUCCCCGCGGUGUGGCAGCGCUCCCGCUCCUCGACAGCCCGCACCUCUUGGCGUCCCUUCCCUCCGCACCACCUCCGCCGGUCCUUCCCUCGGCCGGUCCCUUCGAUCCGCGUCGGUUGGACGUGCGGUCCGCGGAGACACUGCAGCCCUGGCGGCCGACGCCCCCGGAUGUGUCGGUGGUAGGAUGGUCCCGUGGCCCACCGCCGUUGGAGGCACCAGUAUCGUUCGGCGGGCGGGCGACAGCGUCCUUUGUCCCCCCCCGCCGUUCGCUGGCGUCACCGACUGGAGUUGAGGGGGGGGCAGAAGCAGCGGAGAUGGGGGGAGCGGAAUCCACGGGCGAGGACUCGCCUCCUGGGGACCAGGGGUGGCGUCGCUCGGGUGGGCUGCGGAUGCCGCAGAGGGCGCAGCUGGAGCGCCUGCGGGGGAGGGGGCGGCUGGCGGAGACUGCGAUCCCAGUCGCCACGCUUCGUCGGCUCUGGCACGCGCAGAGGGCGAUGGGGUAUGCUGUGGAGAUGUUGACGGACUCACACUCCGUUCUACGGAGCUCAGUGAGCCCGUGCAAGAUGCCUCACGAUCCGCUCCAUCGCUGCGCGAUGGCUGCAGCGGAUCUGGCGGUCGUGUCCACGCGAGUGCAGCCUGCGCCCGCCUCGGGAACCGUGUUGGACCCGCGCCUGCUCGCCGUGAUGCGGACAGUAUCGGCGAGCGUAGACUCGGCUGCAGCUGUAGACAUCGUUGGCGGUGCCGUGUCAGCGCUGAUGCUCCUGGGGGACUAUGUGAGGGCCCUGCUUGAGGAGGCUGGAGCGGACGAAGCCGCAUGAUGGGCUGCCGUCGUGUGUAGGUUCUGGUUGGUGAAGUGCGCUCUAGCGUGAGCGCUCUGGUAAGCUCUGUCAGGCUCUCCAUGCUUGUUUGCCGUGUGUAGUGUUGGCGGGUUGUAGACCCCGGAUGUGUGUAU